GGGAGAGAGUAUUUCGUUUUAUCAUAAGAACAAGAAGGAAGAAGCUCUCUGAAGUUUUGCUCUUCUCUCUGAUUUUCGCUACGGCUUUUCUUUUUCUUUCUGUCGUAUAUUUAGAUGCCAAAGAAGGUAAUUCGGGGAGAGAAUUGAUGAGAACUCUACUGAAAGUCUGAAGGAAGGUUGAGGAUCUGAAGCUUGUGAAGAGGGCGGAAGGAGAUAACAGUUGAAGAGCUUUGGACGGGGUGAAGGAAUUCUAAGUGGAUUCGGUUCUUAUUUGCGUGGCUGAUUGCGAAGAUCGGGUUCGUUUAAUUGAAGAUUACAGAGAGACGGUCGAGAAUUUCGAGUUCAGAGAUACAUUUCGGAUGGAUUUAAGUGGUUUUUAGAAGAAAUCUGGAACCUUUCUAUGAAACAAUAAGGAUAAUAUCUCUUUUAGAGGGAUUGGAUUCUUGCAUGGGAGUCCAAGGUUUGGGCUCUGAAAUGUCACCGUUUUGUUGAAUCCCGGUCAUAGAUUUGCAUUUUUGUUAGUUUGAAGACUCAAGAGAGGAAGGCCCGUUUUCUGUGAAUUCCCUGGGUGACAGUGGCAGAAUCUGUGUGGUGCAGCUUUGGACGUUAACAAAAGGAGAUGGAUAAGGAGACUCUGUCCCUGAGGAGCAAUCUUACUAAUAAUGCGAACGUAAUCCAAACGAACGGUAGAGAGACAACCGGAACGGACGGAACCUCGUUGCUGAGACCAGCUGGCUCCGAGACCAUCACGCAAACGACGUCGUCGGAAUUCGUGUUGCAGUGGGGGAACCGGAAGCGGCUCAGGUGCAUGAAGGUCCAGGUCAAGGACAACGACCCGGCCGGCCCGGUUCAAAGGACCACGGUACGGGACCGGCGGGUCGUGAGGGCCGAUAGGGACUCGUUGAGUCAGCCCGGCGGUGGUAAUCAUGGUAAUGGGUACUUGAAUCUGCGUCAGCGACACCCUUCCCCUCAGCCGCCGCCGCCGCCACCAUCGCAGCGAAUUCUCAGGAACUCGGAGGCAUCGGGUGCGAUGAGAGGACAGAGCAACGGAGUCGCGAGAGGAAUUGCGUCGCCGGAUAGGGGUGGUGCGCACGAUAAGAGAGGGAAUCAGGCUAAUAACCAUAGCAUCAACCUUCAACACCACCACCAUCACAACAAUCACAAUGAGACUAACAAGUCUGGGGCGUCGUCGGAGACUGCGCACGACAGCAAGAAGGGCGGCGGAUCGUCGUCCGGGAGCGGCGAGGCGAUACCCCCGGUGUGGCCACCAAAAUUCGUCAUUGCUUUGACUAACAAGGAGAAAGAGGAAGAUUUCAUGGCCAUUAAGGGGUCCAAGCUGCCUCAAAGACCCAAGAAGCGAGCAAAAUUCAUCCAGCGCACCCUCAAUUUGGUCAGCCCAGGAGCAUGGUUGUGUGAUCUGACUCUGGAACGAUACGAGGUCAGGGAGAAGAAGAUAUCUAAGAAGAGACCAAGAGGGUUAAAGGCGAUGGGCAACAUGGAUUCUGACUCUGAGUAGAAGAUGAUUCUCCUUUGGGAAAUGAACAUUGUUGUAGGAUUGUGCGAGGAAGAUAGUGUGUUUAACAUGAUGAGAAAUAUGUAAGAAAAAGAAAAAUGUAAGAACUGUGUGAAUCAUCUUCACCUUUCACUUGUUGAAGAAUGAAAAGAAUUAAUUAUUUGUUCCUUUUAA